UUUUUUGCAUUCCAUCAGUGUGUUUGAUUAUAAUUUUUUUUUUUUCAACAAGAUUAGACUAAAAAUGGCAAAACAAGACAAAAUAGUACUAAGCUAUCACGACAGUUUACUGAGAAACAGCGACGUAUUUUUAUUAAAAGAUUCACAUUGGCUCAAUGAUGCAAUUAUUGGAUUCUACUUCGAGUACCUGGAGCAAACUCUCGAAUCUAACGAUAACUCCAAAAAUAUAAAAUUAUUUAGUCCUGAAGUAACUCAGCUGCUGAAGAUGACAGACCAGGAGUUCCCCUUCAUUUCCACAGACAUGGACUACAUUUUCUUCCCUCUGAAUGAUUGCAAGAAGUCUGAUGCAGCUGGUGGGUCACACUGGAGCUUGCUGGUGUAUUCUAAAGCUGAAAAAACUUGUUUUCACUUUGAUUCUGCUCAUGGAAAUAAUAAUACUGAGGCUCGUUCGUUCGGGCUUAAAAUAUCAAAGCAGUUGCUCGGUGACGAGACUGCGAGUUUUAAAAAUGUUCAAUGUCCGCAGCAGGACAAUGGUUAUGACUGUGGUAUUUUUGUACUUUGUUUCACGGAUGCUAUUUUGGAACACUUGGAAUCUAGUCCAAGUGUUGAAACAUGUAAUUUUUCGAAAGUUAAAUCUUUAAGUAUAGAUAAAAGACGGAAAUUGCUUGAUCUUAUUAAUAUACUAAGCCAACAAAAAAUAAAAAAAAAAAUAAGAAGACAAUUCUUACCAGUUACUGAAAAAGAAGCAACCUUCAGCUGUCGAGCCAAGUUACCGCAAGAGCGCGCUGCUGCGAAAUCAGUUGUCAUAAAGUGGUCGUUCCUCCCCGACCACGCAUUUAACCAAUCGUGUUUUUUUCCCGCAGAAUUGCUAUAAUUUUGCUUUCGUCAUCAGUUAGAAUCGCGUCGUGGCCUGCGAUUGACGUUUACUUACACAUCCAUGUGCAAAUAUAUGUAUUUUAAAAUUGACGUGUUGGUUGACGAUUCGCGAGUGAGUUAUUAAAUAGCACAAGUGGUACAUACAACCUUACCCUGCAAUUUGACUAUUAACCAUUAACGCUCCACCUAAUCAGUCUAAUUUUUUAACUAUAUUAACUAUACUUGUUCCAUGUGUUAGUGAAAUUAAUGUGGCUUGUUGAUUAAAUAUUAAUAAUUUACCGCCAAGUUCAGGACAGCUGAUUUAAAUCUACAUAAAUAUCGGAGAGAUAAUCACCUGUAUUUUUAUUCGCAGAAUGCAGAAGGCCGGCUAAUUUAGAAUCACGUGACAA